CAUUUUUUAUCGGCCAGGUCAACACCUUUGUUCACAUAGUGAUGUAUUCUUACUACGGCCUGGCUGCGAUCGGCCCGCACAUGCAGAAGUACCUGUGGUGGAAGAGAUACCUCACCUCUCUGCAGCUGGUGCAGUUUCUGCUUGUGCUCCUGCACUCGGGCCACAACCUGUUCACAGAGUGUGACUACCCUGACUCCAUGAACCUGGUGGUGUUUAGUUACUGCGUCACCCUCAUCAUCCUCUUCAGUAACUUCUAUUAUCAGAGCUACCUCAAGAAGAAGAAGCAGAAAUAAGACGCAGUGGUGAGGCCUCACACACAAACAC